UGAGUCAGUGCCUAUCGAGUCUUCCUUCGCUGCGAGCGUUUAUUCCGGUUAGUCGUAUUACCUACGCAGUAGGUUAAGCAAUCAAGUGAAAUGGGCGUGUUCGAGUGGUUUGUUGUUGUGAUUCCGCUCGCCGGGUACCUGAUCUACCGCUGGGCCGUGGCCACUUACGAUUAUUUUGAAAAGCGGAAGAUUCCAUUUGUGAAACCAUACCCUUUCGUCGGUGGUCUGUGGCCGGUUUUCUCCGGUAAGCUCCAUCCGGGGGAUGCCGCCGUUUUAGGGUACGACAUGUUCCCGGAGAAUCGCUUCUCGGGUUUUUUCGCUUUCCGCCGGCCGGGUUACCUGAUUCAUGAUCCAGCUCUGGCCAAACAGAUAAUGAUCAAGGAUUUCGAUCAUUUUACCGAUCAUAUGAAUACGGUUUCGGUGGAUGUGGAUCCGAUUUUCGGACGAGCGCUGUUCUUCAUGGACGGACCACGGUGGCGUCAUGGGCGAUCUGGAUUGAGUCCGGCCUUCACGGGAAGCAAGAUGAGAAACAUGUUCAGCUUGCUGUCGAAGUAUGUCGAUGGGGCCAUGCAACGAUUGGUUCAAGAUGCCGGGCAAGGCAAGUUGGAACUGGAGAUACGUGAUCUGUUUCAAAAACUUGGUAAUGACAUCAUCACGUCGAUAUCGUUUGGCGUUGAGAUUGAUUCGGUGCAUAAUCCAAAUAACGAGUUUUUCAAAAGGGGCAAGCAGUUGGCAGCUACUGGAGGAAUUCAGGGACUUAAAUUUUUCUUAUCGAUUGUGGUACCGGACAGUGUCUUUAAAUUUUUCGGGAUUCGGUUUCUUCCCAAGGAAGCAGCUGAUUUCUACGUUGAUGUUGUAGCGAAAACCAUCAAGCAUCGCGAAGAGUACAAGAUUGUACGGCCAGAUUUCAUACACUUGUUUGUACAAGCUCGGAAGAAUGAGCUCAAAGAAGAUAAAGCUGAUGAUGAGCUUAAGAGCGCAGGGUUUACUACGGUUGAAGAACACAUUGAGGCAUCGACGGAAAACAGUCAAUAUACGGAUUUGGACAUCACUGCAGUCGCUGCUUCAUUCUUCUUCGGAGGCAUCGAAACUACAACUACGGUGCUGUGCUUCGCUCUGUAUGAACUGGCAGCAAAUGAGUCAGUUAAAAGAAAACUGGAAGCCGAAAUCGACUCGGUUAGGAAAGAAUUAGGAGAAACUACCUUAUCAUACGAGGUGCUUCAGAAGAUGAAGUACCUCGACAUGGUCGUAACGGAAACUCUGCGUCGAUGGCCACCGCUGGGAAUCACCAAUCGAGUAUGCGUCAAACCGUACACCUUCGAGGACCACAACGGAACGAAGGUAACCGUCGAAAAGGGUCAGCUCAUUCAAAUCCCCGUGCAGUCUUUCCAUCGGGAUCCGAACUUCUUCCCCGACCCGUACCGUUUUGAUCCGGAACGGUUUUCAGAUGAGAACAAAUCGAAAAUCAACCAGGAUGCUUUCCUGCCGUUUGGAAGUGGUCCGAGGAAUUGUAUCGGAUCGAGGUUGGCGUUGAUGCAAGCUAAAUGUCUGCUUUAUUAUCUGUUCACUAACUUUUCGGUGGAGUUUUCCGACAAGAUGGAUGUGCCAAUCAAACUGAAUAAGAUGUCUUUGACUUAUACGGCAGAAAAUGGAUUUUGGUUCAAUUUGACACCGAAAAAAGUAACAGUCUAAGACGAUUUACAUCGUAAGGAAUGUUCAUUUUAUUCGAAAUAUAUAUCGUUAUGAAUAUA